UAAAAAUAAGUAUCUUUAUUAAAAAAAAGACAAACCAGCCCCUCAAAGAUUGUUAAUAUUCUACAUUACUCCACAUAAUAAUAUUCUACAUUAUGGCUUUUAAAAACAUGUAACUACAGAUAACAACUAACAUAGGGGAAAAAAACCCAACAGCCUCACAACAACAACAAAAAAAGCUCAACUUUUUAUUGCUAACAGUGGCAACUCUCAGCUGGUCCUUCAUGAGUUUGGAUUCGGGAAAUCAGAUUGCAAUGCAGCAAUCCAAAAGGAGCAACAGAGAUCUAGGAACUUGAGAAGACUUGUCCCAAGAUGUCAAAGAGACUGAAUUCCAAAAUUGCAUGGAACUUAUUCUUGUCAAGCCUACUCAUUUAUUUACCUGCUCCAGACACUAUUCCUCCCAUACACCUUCUGCAAUAAAUUGUGCCUCAAGUCCAUGACAUAGUCACUGUGCCAUGUCUUGCUGUUCACUGGAGCACAGACUGUGAGUCAUGCCCUAAUAGCUGGCUGUUGGCUUCUACAAGUGCCAGUAUGGAUGUUAGGCACAGACAUUCAGAUGUAGCACUGGUCACUAAGAAUGAAAAUUUAUAUAUAUAUAAUAUAUAUAAAUAUAUAUGUUCAAAAAAAUUACUGCAGUAAAACAUAAGCAAUUGACUCACAAAAUAUGAAUGACUGGAUGACUCAAACUUUACUUACACUCUUUUCAUGAUUUACUUCUCACUUGCAAUAUCACUGUAUAAAAACAAUGCCAUUAAAUACUUUCAAGUCAUGAUUAUACUCGCUAAAAUUAAAUAUAAUAAAUUUAGUUGUCAUGGAAUAAUUAUAUUAAAGUUUCAUUGGCUUACGAUGUUAAAACUUCAGCUUAAAAUAGUGGCAUAUUUAAACUAAACAUUUGUUUAACAUACUGUCACGCAACUGGAUUUAAUAGUAGUUUAGAUCUGCAAUCUUGGUGUUCAGUAUCAAUAGUCUGUGCCUUUUUGCUGCCAUUUAUCUGAAUUUUGUAAGCAUUAAGUCUGUGAGACAAUUUUUAAUACAUCAAAGCCAAUCCCAUUAGAAAAAAAGAAAUUAUCUUUAUUAAGAAAAUCUUUGAAAUGGGAAUUUCCAAACUUUCCUAAGGAGUGGAAUGCUUUUUUAUUACUAUGAAUUUCAAGACAACUACUUGCAAAGAUGGCAUAACAGUAAAGACGUUCAAGAACCUCAACACUAAUUACAGUAAUAAACCUAGCAGAGCCUUUCAGCAAGGACAGGUACAGGUACAAACAAUUUUGAUUCGAAAAACUACAUUAAAAAGACCUUAAUUGUUUUUAUAGUAAAAAUAGCUACCUUUUAUGGAUGGGCGACUGCAGCAGAUGCAACGCUGAUUUUGAUUUUUGUCACAUCUGCAAAAUUCAUUGGAAUAGUAAAAAAUUAACUGGGAAGCCACGUGAAAACAAAUAGCAAUAACUCUCCAACAAAUUGGAUGUGCUCACUGUGUUUCCUUUAAACUUAUCUGUUAUUUUUGCUCGUGUUUCCAAAAAAAUGGUACAAACAGUACAUUUAUGAAUUGCAGGAGUUCAAACUAGAUGAUCUGUAAGGCCCCUUCCAACCCAAGCCAUUCUAUGACUCUGUGACUGAAGCUGCAAGAACACUGUAAAAGGCAUUAAUAAUCAGAUUCAUCAUGCCAAAUGUAAAAAAAAAAAUCUGAACAAAAUAGACUGCAAUUUAGUAGCAACACAUUCUUAAAGCCUUGGCCACCUUUAUCCUCAAGGAAUCAUAGGAAAUUAUAUCCUACACUGCAAAUGCAUUAUACUCUUCUUUCAUCUUCAUCUUCUGUAGCAGUUAGGGAACAUGCAUCACUCUGUAUGCAUGCAAGCCUGCACAGGUGUGCUUUUAAACACAAGAAUUUCUGAUUAGUCUUUAUCAGUAGUAAAAUAAACAUUCAUAACACACACUUCUUAAUCAGGUUGUACCAGUACAUCUCACAAUACCAUUUCAGAAUCAUGAUGCAGCUGGUAGUAGCUAAGAUUGUACAGUAUACUGAGGUCAUACAUUUCUUUCUAAAAAAAAAAGCAUGAGUAAAUAUCAAAUAGCAACGCUAACCUACAUUAUGUCAUCAGUUUUGAAGAGGAAAUGACCCAAGAGAUUAAUGAGAAAUUCUGCCUAGAAGUCAAAGGUAUGAUCAAGCCUUUUAUUAUUAAACAGAAACUAAAUAUGAUCUAACCUACUUCCAACAGCCCAGCCUUUAAUAGAGAGAAGAGAAAAAAGCAGAGCAGUAGGAGUCCAUAUUUAUCUCUGGUACACCACCGGUGAGGCCAGCAGAAUUCCUUCAAGUUCACUUUGCCUGACUGCCACAUGGCAAGUCAGCCGCUAUGUUGCAAGGUAUGAUGAAUGGAAAAAGCAAUGCCAUUUUCAUUUCCCAUUUAGGAAACAUUAUACUAGGAAAUAAGAUACCACAGGACUAUAACUUAGAAAUUGUCUAUUUAUUAUUAUGUAACAGUUGAUGUAUCAAUUCACCAAACAAAUAAUUUUAUAAAUCCAAAUAUGACCACUCUCCAGGAAGCCCUCUGGAAUGAAGAAAUCACAAUUUUUCCUUGGAAUUUUUUUUUUUUUUUUGAUACUGCAAAUGCUAAACAUAAUGUUUGUGUAAAUAACAUACAAAUAAUACUAUUUUUUGUAAUUUUGGUACACAACACCCUUGAAAAAAGUCAGAAAUGAAACAGGUUAUGGUUUAUUUUUUUUCAAAGCCUGAAAUAAAAAUUAGGUCAUUCAUCCAUCCAAUCAAGUCAUACUUUUUAUAUUAAUCUUCAGAAUAGAGACAGUGAUUCACUUAUUCUUAGUGCUGACAUCAAACAUGAUAGUGUUCCUAGACCCCCUAAGGGUACAAGGGUACACUGUAAAUCACGGAAUUACAAAAUAUCCCAAGUUGGAAGGGACCCAUAAGGAUCACUGAGUUCAACUCCUGGCUCCACGCAGAUCGCCCAAAAAUCAGAUCAUAUGUCCGAGAGUGCUGUCCAAAUGCUCGGGGCUGUGCCCACCGCCCUCUGGAGCAGAACCUGUCCCUAACCCUGACCCGCCUCUCCCCUGACACAGCUCCAUGCCGUUCCCUCGGGCCCUGUCGCUGUCACAGAGAGCAGAGCUCAGCGCUGCCCCUUCGCUCCCUGUGAGGAGCUGCAGCCGCCAUGAGGCCUCCCCUCAGCUCCUCUGCUCUGGUCUGCGCACACCCAAAGGCCUCAGUGCUCCUUGCACGUCUUCCCCUGUAGACCCUUUACCAUAUUUGUAGCCCUUCUUGUAGACAGACAUAAAUAGACAAUAAGAAAAAACCAGAGCACAGAAGUAUCUUCUAAAAAAAUAACAAACUUAAUUUUCUUGGAUAUAUGAGCAAUAAAAUGAAAUCACCUAGUAUCACUUUAGAAAAUGCAUCUAAAAAUGUCUCAUUCAUAGCCUGCCCACACUAGGAGAACCUUUCACUUGUGAUGCUGAGUGGUCUCUUCUCUGGUCAAAGCUGUCAGCAACUGACAGCACCUAACAUUUAGCCAUUUCAGACAGUUUGUUCAGUAUCUUUAACCCAAGUUAUGCACUUUCAGAAAACCAAGCUGCUCACCAACAAACUGGGAACUGAGCAGUCCCAGGGAAGAAAGCCUAAAGAAGCUGUGAAUUUCUCACUGUGCCAGUGCAGGCCUGUGUCACCCUGUCUACACCAUGCAUCAUUCAUCUGCUGUGAUGAAAUGUGAUUCCAUUUUAAAAAAAGAACUCCGUCAUGAUGAGGAUACUAUAUCUUUGUGAGAAGUGUUUCACAUAUUUUCCAUGGGCACAAACUGCUCCCGCUUCUAUUUAAACCUCUGCAGCUCUCUUUGCUGGACAUCACUUGCUUCAGAAAGUUCAUUCAAGAGGUGCUUAGCAGAAAGCUAAACACCAGAAUGGCAGCAGACAGCAACAUGGCUCCUGAAGAGAAGCCGAGCACGACUCCUGUGAAAAGAGCUGUCCACAAGAUUCGAACCGCCAGCCUUGUCUUCAGUUUGGCCCGAGGCUGGCAGCAGUGGGCAAGUGACCACAGUGUAAAGCAAGCCCAAGAACCCUCUGGGUGGGUCCCCAGUGCAGGAGACGUAUCAGCUCAGCAAGUGCGAGAAAGACCCUUUGAGAAAUGGCCAACUCCAUUUACCAAGAGGGACCAAGGAAGAGACAAUGAAAAAUCCUCAGCAAAUGAAUCAGUGACAAGAGAUGCUGAAAACAAAUCAAGAGAAUCUGACGAAGCCCUUGAAAAGGUCAACAUUAAAAGCAAAGAGGUGCUGAAAACUGUUGUAAGUAAAGCCUAUGAACGAGCAAGUGAUGUUAGCCUCCUCAGUGGCAGAUAUGAGAACAACCAUGACAGCUCAGAGAUGAUCAAGUUCAAAGAAGAAUCAAAUGAUAUUGACAAAAUUCUUAAUGGGAAAUUAUCUCCCACUAUAAGGAGAAAGUGCUCAAACAUAGUAUCAGAGCUGAUCAAAGGCUAUAAAGAAGAGGACAAAUUAGAAACUAGGGGAGAACUGCUGUUUAAGUGCCAUGAUGACAGCAUGGAUGCAGAGGACAGUGGCUAUGGGGAAGCAGAAGACAGACUUGAGCCAGAGGACGAUGACCGAGAGGUGAUGCCUGUGAAGAUUAAACAACCAUCUCUUAUGAGUAAGCACAGUGAAGAAAGAAGCAUCAAAGCUCAUAGGAAAUACAGUCCUGUUAGCAGCCUGAAGAACAGAUGGCAGGAAUGGGCAGACCAGCACAUCAUAACACAGAAGCUGAAUCCCUUCAGCGAAGAAUUUGACCACGAGCUGGCCAUGUCCACACGCCUGCACAAAGGAGAUGAAGGCUACGGCCGGCCGAAGGAAGGCACCAAAACUGCCGAAAGGGCCAAGAGAGCAGAGGCUCACAUUCACCGGGAGAUUAGAGAUCUGUGUUUCAUCAUUGAAACCAUGGCUAAGCCACGGCGUGAUGGCAAGAUCCAAGUCACUUUUGGGGAACUCUUUGAGAGAUACGUUCGUAUUUCAGAUAAGGUUGUUGGGAUUCUGAUGAGAGCCAGGAAACAUGGGCUGGUGGACUUUGAGGGAGAAAUGUUAUGGCAAGGAAGGGAUGACAAUGUCAUAAUUACUUUAUUAAAAUAAGCAUGCUGCAAGAGCAACUUGCCUUGGAAAACCUCUUUCUUUCCUUUGCUAUUAGCUUUCACACAUCCGGAAUCUAAGAUUUUUUUCAAGCCCCUGGCCAGAAAAAGACAUUGACCAUUUUUCUAAAUACAAGAUUUAGAACUGUUGCAUGAUAAAUGUAAGCAUCCAAAUGGAUUUUUUUUUUCUGUACCAGGAGAGCUUGCCAGGACACUUCAGUUAAUUACUAUACACAAAAUAAUUAAGAAAAAAACCAUAAGCAGAUGAAUAUAGAAAAUCAUAGUAGCACAAAUGGCUACAAAUGAAUUCCAACUAUAUGUGUAUUCCUACAUUCGAGUUCCUCUCAAAUAUUUAAACAGGGAAUAUAAACCAAACCAGAUCAGAAGCAGAAUGAUGAUCUAAACAGAUGAAGUUUUUGAUCUUACGUGCGUAUUUCCUAACUCAUCUAUUUAAAUGCAUGUAAAAAAGGUUUAUUUGUACACAAUCAUGGAUGCCAAAAAUAAGCAAAUACUACUGCAGUGAUGGCUACCACCAACUUUCUCUUUGAUAUCACAGAAACUAAGACAAAUCUUUCUUUUGUAAGCGAGGCUUUAUUUAUUUAUUUAUAUAAUUUAUUAAACAUUCUCAUUUUUAGUUAUGGCUGAUGACCAGAAACCUCAAAGUAGAAUAUAAAGCACAAAAUGUUUAGAAUAGAUAGCCAUGUAGAAAAUACCUCCUAUGCAAAAUUGUGC